AUGACAUGGAACCCGAGGAAAACAGAUAAUGAUGAUGUUCGACUAUCUGAUAGUGCCAAUGAAGAAGUUAAAAAUCCAGGCGAAGAAGAUCAGGAAACGAGAGAACAACUAUAUCAAGAUUUAGAUGCUGAAAUAAUACUUCAAAAUCGUCAACGUUCAUCAUCAACAAAAAAUGUCAUUGGUGUUUCAUCUGAACCAUAUCUCGAUCUUAUUUUUAAUCCAUUUAAUAAGCGUCAAUGGAAUUAUCUUUCACUUGAUCAUCUUCUCGAUUAUCUUAUCAUUCGUGUCACAGACAAAGGAAAUAAUUUUUAUAUUGACUCAGUUGGUGAAUUUGAACAAAAAGCUGGAAAAUUUUUCUCUGAUACAAAUGCUUUCAUAGAAUUAUCAUACAAUCCAUUCAAUGAAAUAUUGAAUAAAGUUAUACAAUUACUCAAUACACUUCGUGGAAAAGAUCUUAUUCGUAAAUGGCAAUAUGAACAAAUGAUGCCUGAUCGAACGAAAUGCGAAUUAGCUCAUUUAUAUUUUAAUCCUAAAACACAUAAGGAUGGUAUACCAGUUCGCCCAAUUGAAAGUACUAUUCAUGCUGCAAACACAAAAAUUUCAAAAUUCUUAGACAAAAUUUUACGACUAAUAUUUGAUGAUAAAUGCAAAAAUACUACUAUUAUUGAUGGUGCUUCUUUAAUUAUUGAACUUUCAAAAUAUAACAACAAAGGUCUGUUAAAGCCAGCAACUCUUUUAUGUACAUUUGACAUUCGUAAUUUAUAUAUAAUGUUGCCACAAGAACAAGCAUUGAACAGUCUGAUGAAAUUUCUAUCUGCAUAUGGUUAA